UUUCUCAGCUGUAUAAGAGAACUACAGUCAGCUCCAGUCAGCCUAGAAACGCCUUGAUCCCAGCAGUCUGCUCUUUAUUUCGUCCCUAGAUUGGCGCCACUAUGUCCUCAGGAGUGACUUCAGACUUUGAGCUGGACCUGCAAGAUCUGCUGCAAGAGUUCCAAGAUGUGGUGAAAGAACUGCAGGCCCCCCCUCAAAGUAGCCUACAUGCAUACCAGCACAUGUUGACGGAGGCCAAGAGCCGCACGGCACCAGGGGACGACAGCGGGGUCGAAGACUCUGAUUACAGCAGUGAAACAUCUUUGGGCAACAGUUUGAACACCAGCGAGGAGGAGCUGCACACAGCAGGCUUAACGCUGCUACCGAAAGCCAAGCUGGGAGACACAAGGGAGCUGGAGAGCUUCAUUGAUGUGUUGGACCGGGAACUUGCUGAGAUGUGAAAAUGCCCGUCGAGGGGCAGAGAAAACAGGCUGCAGGGAGGCAACACGGCCGACUGCCGCCGAGCAGACGGACGGACGGAUCUACAGCAAAGCUCAUCGGAGGGAGCCAGCCCUGCCCUCGCUGCUUUAGGGGAAGAGGUUAAGAUCAGAAUUAAAAGGGCGUUUCAUCGUUAAAAAGAAAAAGCACAAGACCCCCUGACGAUGCUGCGUCCUUGUCCAGAAGACGACGAGCCUGCAGUGUCAUCUCCAAGAUGUGUGACAUAUUCCCAAAUCUCGAUAAAACCUCCAUCUGUCCGACUUAAGAAGCCUGCCUCCAGUCCUCUGAAUAUGUUGAUGCCUCAUUUGAAAUUCCCAACUGUACUAAACCAGGAAUUCGCUUCGAUUCCUCUGGCAUCCUUUGUUUUUGUUUUUUGGAAGGAGGCUUUGUGUAGCAAAACUAUGCAGCACUUUAGUUUAACUUUAAGUCUCUGCUGUGUAAUAUCAAAAUGUCAUUUAUAUUCUGUUGUUUCACUGUACAGUUCUUGUUAUUGCUUUGUUUUGUAUCAAAUGUCAUGAAGUUGAGUGCAUGUAGUGGAUAAAUAAAAGACCAUUUGCUUGCA